UCUCUCAACCCUGAUUAUUCACCUAACCUACUAUCAUAUUCCAGAAACAUCCUUGAAAUGUAAACAAAGAGCUCCGUAUUUUCGUCUGCAUUUCUUCUUGCAGAAGGGGGACAUUCAAAACCCAGCUGGAAGACCUCGAGAAAUCUCUGGUAAUAGCUGUAAUCUAGAAAAGCCAAUGAUUUAUGUUGGACAAUGAGAUGUUUUUAAUGAAGUGAUCACCGAAGAACAAGAACAAGGUAUCCAAGAGAGACAGAACCAGAUGGGGAGUGACGAAGCGUUUCACAUGGAUGUGAAUGUUGUUGAUGAGGCAAAUGUAGAAGUUAUUGUACUCGAUUCUACACUGAAAGAACUACUAUUUGAUGACUUUGUUGACAGUCAAGCGAUACAGUUCUCCACAUUACAGAGGAGAAUGAGAGCUGCAUUGGACCAUCAAACGGAAAAUCCAAAGUACAAUAAGUGUGCGUACUUGGACCCUAUGGCAUGGUAUGCUGUCCGUAAUGGUUUUCAAGUUCAAAUAGAUGAAAUUGUUCGUAAACCUAUCGAAAAAAUGGAGCUGGACAACCUGGACUUCCUCCUCAUUCCCAUGAAUAUAAGUCAGGACCCAAGAGCCUCGAGACAUCAUUGGACUCUAUUGGUAUUGGAUGUUAAAUGCUGAGAGUGGCAUUUCCUGAACUCAUUGGUUGGCGGCAGCGUUGAAGAUCCAUGCCUUAAAGAUGCACAAACAAUGGCAUGGUUUAUCACACCAAUAGUAAACACACACUUAGUGGUAACAAUAAAUAACCUAAAGGUUCAUCAAUUUGCAUGUCCACAGCAAGGACCUAAGCCAGACUGCCUCCUCUUUACAUGCUAUCUAAUGAAAAGGUAUGCAAAAUCUAACAAAUCUAUUGAAAUGGAUGAUAAAAAAGGCAGAGAAAUAUGCCGUGAAAUGAGGCAUAAAAUGACAGCCUAAAUGUUGAGGCCAUGUGAAAAUGCCAUUGUGUGGAAUGCUCCUAAUUCUAAUCAGCCAUAAAUCUUGAUGUAAUAGGGCAGCUUUCCUUAAAAAAAUAUUUUUUGUAGUAUAUUUUGGUUGAAAGCACAGUAUUUUUGUAUUACUUAACACAACACCAGGUUUUUAACUAUAUUACAAUAGUCUAAUGUUAUUAGUUUAAUCUUUGUUGAGGUGAAUUUGUAAUGUUGUUCCAAUUUGAGAAUUCUAGGUCUUAGUUUUCUUAUUGCA